GUCAAAAUUGUUAAACCAAAUGUCAAGUUUGUUUUGAUUUGCGAUGUUGAAAAAAUAUUUUACUAUUACUAUGAUUUAAUAAAUUAUAUGAAUUUGUAAGUGUUAUUGAACAAAAACUGUUUGUGUUCAGAGUUGUUACUGGAAGCUGAUUUAAUUGGAACUAUGUCCAAAGUGCUAAUCAUUCGACAUUUACCUGAAACACUAUCUUUUAAAGACAAGGAGCAGCUUUUGAUGCAUUUCGGUGCUCUGCAAGUUUGGGAGACACCUAAAAAGCGUAAUUAUGUAUUUGCGUCUUUUGCUAGUAUCGAAAAAGCGAAAGAAUCUUUAUUUAGAUUACAUCAGCUUGAAAUCGCGCAAAGGCGAUUAAUAGUAGAAUUUUCCUUUGAUAAAGAGCCGGUUAAUCAAAACAAAUAUAAUGAAGACAAAACUUCAGUUACCACUAAACAUAUCAAAGAGUUUCUAAAACUCCUCAAUGCGUGGAAUCCAUCUGUGAAUUUCUAUCAACCUCCUCCAGCACAUGUUAAAUAUAAAUAUCCUAAUGUAGAUCCUAAAAUCGUUGUAAAUAUUGUACAUAAUUUAUUUACACAUAAGCCAUUUUACAUUCAAUCCUUACAUCUUAUGAAUAAAAUGUCACUUGAUUCACCAUUUAAUGAAAAUGAAAAAGCUGUAUUGUUUUUCAAAGAUACUUUUAAGCAAUUCUUUCCUGAUCCCCCUACUAUCCCUUUACCUGCGGUGCCCAGUGAACCUGAGUCGGAAAUAUCAAGUGAUGAGACUGAACAACACAAAGAAGUUGUGUCUAGUUUACCAAGACGUAGAAUACACACUUUGCCUGUCACCAGAAAAAGACCAGCUGCCGUUUUAUCUACUGCAACUAUGCCAAAAACAAAGAAAUCGUCACUAAAUCAAGAAGAAGUAUUUGAAACUGUAGCCCCUACUCCUGAGAUCAAGAAGAUCUCAGUCAUAGUUCCCCAAGAUGCAUUGACAAAGCCGACAGAGGAACCAGAAGUGAUCGGUGAACUUGGCAAAUUUGAGAAAGAACUUCAGGAAACACAAAUUGAACAAACACAGAUAGAACCCGAACAGCCAACAAUAAGUCGAAGUGAAUUAGUAAGAAACAGAAUUUCAUAUAGAGAUAUGAAAGUUUUACCUGUUUUCAAAAAUUACCACCCUGGUCAACCAUCAAUGAGGUUGUACAUAAAAAAUUUAGCUAAAACAGCUACUGAGCAAGAUGUGACAAGAAUUUAUAGACGAUAUAUAGAAAAACUUCCUGAAGAUAAGCAAAUUGGUUUUGAUGUCCGUGUGAUGCAGGAGGGUAGAAUGAAAGGCCAAGCAUUUGUCACUUUUCCUUCCGUUAAAAUAGCUGAAGAUGCAUUAAAUGAGACAAAUGGUUUCAUGCUUAAAGAGAAGCCUAUGGUGGUGCAAUUUGCUAGAGCUGCUAAUAAAAAAUCUAUUGAAUAAUCA